AUGAAUUUAAUCGCUGUUUUCAUUGUGUUAUUAGCAGCCUCAGGCAUUGUAAAGUGUGAAUUCACUUGCCGUAUUCCAAAGCCAAUCCCCCUGCAAUAUACAGUAGGAGGUCAACCGGGUAAUACUGAGAAAAGAAGCACAAAACCUUCUCGUUUGAAGUUUUCUGUGUCUUAUACUUAUGGCUUCAACCGAUUACAGGAAGCUCAAAAACUCAGGAAACUAGUUGAGGAUGCAACAAAAUUUUGGCAGAAAGCGUUGACAGUCAAAAAUCCAGGAGAUGACAAGCAACUUGUGAAAAGAUAUUGUGAUGGUGAAUAUUACUAUACAGUUAGCGGAAACAAUUCUUUAUACUGUGUAGAUUCAAAAUGUAACAGAAAAGCUAUGUGUGGCUCCCUAGAAGUUCCAGAUCAAUACGCAGCUGAAUGUUAUGAGCAACACAACAAUUUGUUAUAUCGACUCUAUAAUAAUGGAAGUGGUAUACCCGGAAAUGGUUAUGUACUUAUUGUUGAUGCAGAUGAAAGUGAUUUGUGCGUAGGUUCAACAGCAGCAUUUGCUGCAUCAUGUCACAUGGAUCCUAGAACUGACAGACCUAAUGUUGGAUACAUGAACUUAUGUCCAAGUCAAAUGGAUCUAACAUAUCCAAGUGGUAAAGCUUUGCCAGGAAUUAUGAUCCAUGAAAUUGGUCAUGCACUGGGAUUCACAUCCAGUAGUUUUCCAUUUAUGCGUGAUUCAUAUGGAAGUCCUCGAACUCCUAGAGAUGGGCAUAAUAAGCCAAUAUAUAGAGACAAAUAUGGAGAUUAUAUUCCAAGUAACAGUACAAUCAAAAAUAUCAGAAGACGUUGGAUAAGUGCUGCAGGAAACUACACGAAAACUAUUGGAUCUUUUGUCACUCCAAAAAUAUUGGAUGCUGCCAGGAGAUAUUUUAAUUGUCGUACUUUAGAUGGAGUUGAUUUAGAACACUACAAUAUAAUAGGAUCGGUUGGAUCUCACUGGGCUACAAAAAUAUUAGGAACUGAAGUGAUGGCACCAAGAAUAAUGAUAGACUAUGCCGUUUCUGAAAUUACUUUAGCUUUCUUUGAAGAUUCGGGAUGGUACAUAGUGAAUUACAAAGCAGCAAUGAACAUGCAAUAUGGCAAAAAUCUUGGAUGUGACUUUGCAACUAAGAGUUGUUAUGAAUAUGCGGAUAUUCAAAAGAAAAGGCGUCAAAAAUUCAUACCUUUCUGUGACAAUAACCGUCAAGCAACGUGUAGAGAUGCUUACUCUUAUGGGAUUUGCAGCAUACGGAUAUACACUGAUGGUGUACCAGCAGAAGAUCAGUUUUUCAAAACACCACCUUAUGCUUCUACUUACGGUGCUAGACAAUUUGGAGGUGAUGAUCCGCAUAGAGAUUUUUGUCCAACACAAACGUAUGAAUGUUCACCCAAAAAGAAACUAAAGGUGUUUUUCAAAGGCGCUAAAGUAACCUGUCCUCCAAAAGGUGGAUCAAUUCAAUUCAACGUGACAGAUGGAUCUACUCGACUUGCUGGAUCAAUAGUUUGUCCGAAUGUAAACGAGUUUUGCAAGGAAUGUUAUCAAGCUUCACCUUAUGGAAUGCUUAGUCAGAUUUAUCAAAAUGGAACAGGUGUACCACCGAACAGCUACGUUUUAUUUGUCACAUAUACUCAAGAUAAUCUGUGUUCAGGAAAUCUUUAUGCCUAUGCAACAUCUUGUCAAAAUGAUCCUCUAACGGAUAGACCAGUGAUGGGUUACUUGAACAUGUGUCCCGAUAUGUUCUCUAAGAGAGUAGUGAAUCCAAGUGAAUGGGUAAAUAUAAUUAAACAUGAAGUUGGCCAUGCAUUGAGUGCAGCUCGCAAGCAUUUUAAUUGUCAAACACUGGACGGUGUCGAUUUGGAAAAUGAAGGUUCUUUAGCCAGUGCUGGAUCACAUUUUGAGGCUAGAAUUUAUGGUGUAAGUUUAAAAUCCUUAAAGUUUUAUCUUCUUGGAACUGAAUGCAAUUAG